UAAAAUAAUUAAAAAAAAAUCUAAAAAACACACUUGAAAACACCCCCACACACUCUCCUUACAACCCUCCUCCCUCCACUGCAUUGGCGGAGCCUCCAAGUCUCACCAACCCCCAACAGAUCUCGAAAAUGCAGACCGCUUCCUUCAACCUCUCAACCUCACUUCCAAAUCUCAAACACCAUCCAAAACUAAACCCUAACCCUAACCUUCUCCACUCAUCCGUCACUUUUCGCCCUAUCAAUGCCGGUUUCACUCGCAGUUUGCCAUCAAUCUGCUCUUCAUCUUCACCUACAAAGCUAGGCUUCUCCAUUUCAUCUCCUUCUCCGCUUCCGGAACGUCAAUCCGAUGGUUUUGUGGUUAGAGCUGCGUCGGUUCCUGAUAGUGCCGACGCCGGCGACGCUGCUGCGGCGGCGGCCGGGAAGUCCAAGCUUGUGGAGACGGUGGUGCUUGGAUCGUUGUUUGGGCUUUGGUACCUGUUUAAUAUCUACUUUAAUAUUUACAAUAAGCAGGUUUUGAAAGUCUUCCCAAAUCCAAUAACUGUCACUACGGUUCAGUUUGCUGUUGGGAGUGUGAUUGUAUUCUUGAUGUGGACAUUGAAUAUUCACAGACGACCUAAAAUCAGUGGGGCACAGCUUCUAGCAAUCCUGCCAUUGGCUAUGGUGCACACCUUAGGAAAUCUAUUCACAAACAUGAGCCUGGGAAAAGUUGCUGUUUCAUUUACUCACACAAUCAAAGCUAUGGAACCGUUUUUCUCGGUUGUACUGUCUGCUAUGUUCCUAGGAGAGAUGCCUACACCAUGGGUGGUUGCUUCCCUUUUACCAAUUGCUGGUGGAGUGGCACUUGCAUCGAUGACCGAGGCCUCAUUCAAUUGGGCUGGAUUUUGGAGCGCGAUGGCAUCAAAUGUGUCAAACCAAUCGCGUAAUGUCCUCAGCAAGAAAUUUAUGGUUAAGAAGGAGGAAUCAUUGGAUAACAUUACACUCUUCUCGGUUAUAACAAUUAUGUCGUUUUUCUUGUUGGCCCCUGUUACUCUCUUCACUGAAGGAGUUAGGGUUACCCCUGCAUACCUCCAGUCUGCUGGAUUAAAUGUCAAACAAGUGUACAUUAGAUCUCUCCUUGCUGCAAUCUGCUUCCAUGCUUAUCAGCAGGUUUCCUAUAUGAUUUUGCAAAGGGUGUCUCCAGUUACGCACUCUGUUGGCAACUGUGUGAAACGUGUGGUGGUGAUUGUGACCUCUGUUCUGUUUUUCCGAACACCUGUUUCACCGAUCAAUUCUAUAGGUACCGGAGUGGCUCUUGCCGGAGUAUUUCUUUACUCGCAGGUUAAGCGUUUAAAGCCGAAGAAGGCGUGAAGUUGUUUCAAAAAUCUUGUAAGAUCACAUUGCAUUGUUAGAAGUUUUUGGAGACUCUAAUUCUAUCGGAUUUCGGGUUUUUGAUGAACUUGUCUUCUUUUUUCUUUUGCAUAGCGUUCUAUUACUUUUUAUUA